UUUUUUUUUUUUACGAGUUACGAGUUAACCUCUUUAAUUAUUUGCUAAUAUAACGGUUAAUUUUAAAAGAGUUUUUAUAUAUUUUAAAGGUUGAUUAUUUUUUUUUUCAAAAUGAGUGAAAACGCUUCCCCUCUUCUUGCCGCGACUACACAAGCAGAUGAUAUGAUUCCGCACGUACUUUUAAAUACUUCAAUUGGUAGUCCAUCUCAUACGGGAGAUUCUCCAACAACCCCUCGUCAUGAUCGUCAUAUAUUAUUUAGUUCUAGAGUAAGAGAUUCAACUAGAAGAGAUUCACAAACUGGUGAUGAUCCUUAUCAGCAUAAUAAUAAUAAUAAUCAAAGAGAUUCACAAGACGUAGUACCAUUUUAUCGACAUCCAAAAUUUAUUUCAUUUUUACAAAUUUUUACUAUGAAUUUUGUAUUUCCUUUUAUAAAUGGAGUUAUGUUAGGAUUUGGCGAAAUUUGUGCAAAUGAACUUGCAUUUAGAAUGGGAUGGUUUGGUAUUAGAAAUUUACCUUUAGUAAGUGGAAGAAAUGUUAUACCACUUGGACCUAGAAGAAAAUAUGGUACUGGAAUUGGUGAAAUCAAAACAAAAAGGACAAAAAUUGUUGAUGGUAAAGAAGUUACUGAAGAGGAAACUGAAAUGGUUUAUGCUCAAAUGGCACCUGCUGGUCCUAUUGUAUAAUUUAAUUAAUUAAUUAAUUAAUUAU